AUGGUGCACUUCCAGGGCAACAGCUACAAGGCUCAUACGAGCUGCAUCACCGAAGACCAAAAGUACCAGGGCAAACUCUAUAAAGAGAAAAAGAAACCGCCGCAGUACCAAAAAAAAGACAGCCAGCAGAACGAUUCCCAAGCGCUCGUCCCACGCAAUGCGUACGUCGAGGAUGCCAACGACGCAGACGCUGGCGCGGUCGCGGUCGUCAACGCUCCUCCACGCGCACCCACUCCCCCUCCUGCCUCUCGAUCCUUAGGUUACGAGCAUCGUGAGCCUGCUGCUCUACCCGACGUCAAUGUAUUCGAUUUCCUUGACCCCUCGGCGACCCCUACGGUGUCCAGGAUGGAAGUCGCGCCCGAAUCGCACAUGAUUGAGGAUAGCGUACCGCCGCCCUACGAGGAGAAGGACAAGGAGGUGUCAAUCACGGACGUCAUGAAGUAUCAAGUGGCCGACGACGACGAUAACGACUUCAAGACCGACGGCUUCGCGUAUGGAAACGAACCCAUCCGCCCCACCAGCGAACGCUACGACUCGGCCUACAACGUUAGGGAACAGGCCCCUAACCCAGACUACACGACGCCCGCACCCAAGUCAAAGCACUCCAGGACCAAAUCACGCGACAAGGAUCUCGACACCGUCUCGAAGAAGACGGACCGCAAGCGCAAGCGCAAUUCCCCGGCCGAGCUCGACAUGUCGCUCGUACACGCGCAGCAGGAACGAGAGAUGAUCAUGUCAGAUGCGCCACCGAUGCUCCACUCUGGCCUGACUGGGGGUCUGAACCGCCUCCUGGCCCGACCCGAGUUUCCGCCAUCACCUGACUACUCUGGCGAUUACGUCGAGGCGUCCCCACUCAGCCCCUUGAAGCGCGCGCGACAGGUCCCCUCCAAGGCCUUCGCCCGCGCGCAACGCGAGUGGGACCUCCAGCAAGAGAAGGACCGCAAGGCCGAGGUGAAGGAAGAGCUCGCACGCGAGAAAGAAGAGAGGAAGGAGAGGGAACGCGGCCGGGACCGCGAGCGCAAGGAGAGGAAGGAGCACAAGGCCAGCAGCGCGCUGGUGAAGAUCAAGCCGAAGAAGAGGCGUGACGAUUCCGCCCGCAAGCCCCGCGACUCGGAUCGUCGUCGCCGCCGCCAGUACUCCUCGUCAGUCUCGCCAACCCGUGAGCCAAAGACCGUCAAGGCCAUCGAGUAUCACCGCUCCGGCUCUCGGUCGCCCGGCCUUGAGAACGGCAACGGCGCAUUGAUCGUCCGCAAGAACGGAGAGCUAGCCCCCGUGAAGACGGAGGAAGAAGCUCGCGCCGACCUCUUCAUGUCGUUCAUCAACAAGGGUCCCGACUCAGAGCGCGGCAUGAGCGUCAACAAGGCACUCAAGCGGUACCACCGCGAGCGCUACGACCGGGGCGACGAGAAGAUCGACGAGGAGAAGGAGCUCUGGAAGAGUCUGCGCCUGAAGAAGAACGACCGCGGGGAGAUCGUGCUCUUCUUCGCCCCGACCACCGAAGCAUGA